GCACCUAGUCCUGCGUCAUUUGAGCGAGUGUCUGUCGUUGUUUUAAGGAGUGGCUGGGAAUUUAUAGGCCUGGUAGCAGAGGACAUUCCAUUUUGUCAACUGUUGGAUUUUUCAAGGCUAAUACAAGAGGAGGAUGUUACUGUGCAGCCAGAAACAUUGAUGCAGAGCAAAAGUCUACUUAUGAAUAAAAAAUUACAAAACUGUGCCAAACAGUUCUUUACAGAAGACGCAUGGCUGGCUGUAAAGACUACUUUGCAAUUUCUUGGAGGAUUGAAAGGAGAUAUUGAGAUUGAUACUUCAGAAGAAGAGGUACCAGGGCCUAGUAAACGGAAAAUACCAAGAGUAGUCACAUCUGAAAUUGAAGACAUUGCACAAAGUGGGGGAGAAUCUGAAAAUGUGGCUGAUUUACAGGUGGAAAGUGAAGAUGAAAUGUUUGAUGAUCUAGAAUUAGAGAACGAAGAAACUGAAUCAUUGACAGCAGUUAAAAAAACAAGGCAUAUGUGGCUUCCAGAAGAAGAUGAGGCAAUACGACACUUUUUCAAAAGUGAAAUCAGUGAUGUUUCCAGGAAAGGGAAUCAAGGAACUCUACAAGGUAUCAUUCAUCUCAUCUUUGCAAGGCUCAUCAAAUAA